AUGAAGGCGCAGAACAUUCGGACCCUUUCUCUCAUCCUGUGUAUGCUAUCCUACCUGCUUGUGGGAGCCGCGGUGUUCGACGCCCUCGAAUCAGAGACCGAGAACUCGAGGAAGAAGAUCCUGGAACAGAAACGCAAUGAGCUGAAGAAGAAGUACGRAUUUACCGAUGACGACUACCGGGAGAUCGAGAGAGUGGUUCUACAGUCGGAGCCCCAUCGCGCGGGGAGACAGUGGAAAUUCGCGGGAUCCUUUUACUUUGCUAUCACCGUCAUCACAACGAUAGGUUAUGGUCAUGCUGCUCCAGGCACUGAUGCUGGAAAGGUAUUCUGCAUGUUCUAUGCAGUUCUGGGUAUCCCUCUGACACUGGUCAUGUUCCAGAGCAUGGGGGAAAGGAUCAACACGUUUGUCCGCUACUUCCUCUGCAGGCUCAAGCAAUGCAUGGGCUUACGGAAGACUGAUGUGUCCAUGGGGAACAUGGUGCUGGUGGGCCUCCUGUCCUGCAUGAGCACCCUCUGUGUCGGGGCAGCAGCCUUCUCCCACUUUGAGGGCUGGACCUUCUUCCAUGCCAUGGAGGGAGGCACCAGUCGUACCAAUCUCAUCCCCUCUCCAUCUGAGGAGCGUAGAGAGACCCCUGGGGUCAGGGACCCUGCUAAGCAUCCUGWGUCCCGCAUCAGCGCCCUCUGCUCCUGUAUGUGCUUCAGGCUGGUUGCCUGUGACAGCCCCUCUCYGGCCCACUGUGAGCACUCAGGCUGCCACAGCAACCCUGUCUUCUACAACUCCAUCUCCUACAGGGUGGAUGGAGCCUCCUGCAGCUCCAGGGGCACCUCAACCCAGUCCUUCCCCAGCAGCGAUGCCCUUUUCCUGGGGAUGAGCAGCCCUCACACACGGAGGAAGUCAGUAUAGCUGCUUGGAUUGUUGGGACUCACUCUGGACUAAAGUGGUCUUUGUUCUUAUCUACACUACAGCCAGAGAUGUUACUCUGAUUCUCUGCAGGUGGAACAAAUUGUGUAUGCUUUUCCAAAAAGGUCACAUUUACAGAUUUUAGGUUGUGCUUCUACACUAUAUAUAAGUAUAUGGAAAUCCCUUCAAAUAAGUGGAUUCAGCUAUUUCAGCCACACCUGUUGCUGACAGGUGUAUA